ACAAUGUCUGGAAGCUUCUACUUCGUCAUUGUUGGCCACCAUGAUAAUCCAGUUUUUGAAAUGGAGUUUUUGCCAGCUGGGAAAGCAGAAUCCAGAGAUGAUCAUCGCCAUCUGAACCAGUUCAUAGCGCAUGCGGCCCUGGAUCUGGUAGACGAGAACAUGUGGCUGUCGAACAACAUGUACUUGAAAACCGUGGACAAGUUCAACGAGUGGUUUGUGUCGGCCUUCGUCACUGCAGGGCAUAUGAGAUUUAUUAUGCUUCAUGAUAUAAGGCAAGAAGAUGGAAUAAAGAACUUCUUUACUGAUGUCUAUGAUUUAUAUAUAAAGUUUGCGAUGAACCCAUUUUAUGAGCCCAAUUCUCCUAUUCGAUCAAGUGCAUUUGACAGAAAAGUUCAGUUUCUCGGGAAGAAACACCUUUUAAGCUGAAUGCAGAAAAAUUCCAAAAUAAACAAUGCCGCUGCGAUGGGUCUGCUCA